AUGACGGAAAAGGAGCCGAAUCGCGACAAUUUUCUUGCGCGAAUCACCACGAUACUCGACCAAUAUGACCAGCACACGCACGACGUGGAAGAGAUUCGAAAAUACUUAUUCCCCAUUAAUGCGGCAAAAGACGAACAAAGUCAACAGCAGCUCGACGCCGACUUGAAAGCCGAGUAUCUCGCGGCUGUUCAAGCGAAUGUCAAGGCACGGCGGUGCUACAAGGAGGCCGCUGAGUCUACCUCGUCACACACCCAUGAUACGGAUCCAUCUCCACGGCCAGCAUCGGACAAUGUGGCCUUCCUCGAUCGACAUUUCGACUUGUUGCGACUGAGGGAACAGAAUGCCAAAUUGACAGCUCUCAAAGCUGACGUGGAUACCAUCUUGUCAUCAUCCAACUGGCCAGCCCACGCACGGCGCACCACCGCACCUAUCGAUCCUGUGUUUGCACCACGUCGCCCCGAGCAUGCUUCAGAGGGGGAACUUCCAAUGUCUAUCAUGCAAUCUCUCCAAGUUCUCGAAGUGGCCGUGGUUCGUGCUAGACACGAAGCUGCGCAACAGAAAACAUUGCUUGACCAUGCUAAAUCCAGCAUCCCCGAGCCCAGCAGUGCGUCAGACGAACAACACGUUGCCGCGAUGUCUGUGGUGAGACAGAUAUUGACUACUUGGCUACAACAAUCCCUGGACAUAUGUCAAGAAGGUCCUGAUUUAUCGAACGUUAUGGAUGCAGAAGAUGUGCUGGAGACCGAAGAAGGGCUUGAACAGCAAAUUAAUAUUAUAUACGAGCAGUAUGUCGAGGCGCGGAGACAGCUUCUCUCCGCUGCAGCCAACUUAAGAUCUCCUUUGCUCGAGAAAGAGUCAGCAACUUCAGUAAAUGAGGAACCAGUGGAGAGACCAUUCCAACCUCAAGCAAUUGAUCUCUUUGUGAAUGCCAUCGAAAGAGGUCUACUCCCAGCCAUGCACCAGCAGAGAAUGACGUAUUCGCACCUGACAUUUAUGGACGACCAGCUGCAAAAAGAUUCCUCUAGCACCGUCAAUAUGCUUGACCGACUCGGUGACGAGAGCCAACUCCUCCAAGCCUUUCCGAUCCUAGCUCGCUCUGGACACUUUGUGCAUGCCACAUCCACGUUUGGAGACAAGCAGAAACAGGAAACUGAAGUGGACACGAAGGACGAAGUAUCGAAACGACUUCAAGCGUGGACAUUUGCAGCCGAGGCGGCGGAUGUCGUUUCCUCGGGGACAGUUGAAAAGCACUUGAGGCAGGGAAAAGACGCCAUGGAUCAAGUGUGGAGAGGGUUGGCAGCGAUCCAGCUCCUUGAAGAAACUCGGACAUGA